AUGAAACCCUCUCCUCUCCAUUUCCACAACCCCAACCUUCUCGAUUGCAUUAACCCUCCCCCUUCCAUGGCACUCUCCUCGGCGCUCCGUGUCCUCCGCCUCUCUCCCUUUCUCCAACCCUCGCGUCUCCGUCACUCCCUCUUCCUUCAACCCUCGCGCCUCCGCCACACCCCCUCCCAGCUCCGUCUCCUCUCUGCUCGCGCCUCUCGCCGCCCGGCCUCAGCGGUCCAGGCCGUUAGGCCCAGCGACGGGAACGGCAGCGUGACGGCCCCGACGGAUGGCGGUAACGGAAGUGAGGGUAGGGUCGUGCCAACGGAGCUUCACAAAGAGGCCACUGAGGCUUACAUGGCGUAUGCGAUGUCGGUGCUGCUCGGUCGCGCCUUGCCCGAUGUUCGUGACGGCUUGAAGCCCGUGCAUCGAAGGAUUCUAUUUGCAAUGCACGAGCUUGGCCUCUCAUCCAAAAAACCAUUCAAGAAGUGUGCAAGAGUUGUUGGAGAGGUAUUGGGAAAAUUCCACCCUCAUGGAGACACUGCGGUGUAUGAUUCCUUGGUUCGAAUGGCCCAGUGUGAGAUGGAUCAUACCCUGUGUCCUUUGAUCCAAGGUCAUGGAAAUUUUGGAUCAAUUGAUGCUGACCCGCCUGCCGCCAUGCGUUACACAGAGUGCAGACUGGAUGUAGUACAUAAGCAUGAAGUUUUGGUUGAUCUAAGAAAUUUUGAAGUAUUUUAUUUGGUUCUCGGUCUUAAUUUGCAGGAUCUGACUGAAGCAAUGUUGUUGGCUGAUCUAGAGCAAGAUACAGUUGAUUUUGUCCCAAAUUUUGACAAUUCCCAAAAAGAACCAUCACUUCUACCAGCUCGCCUUCCAACCGUAUUGUUGAAUGGUUCUUCUGGCAUUGCGGUUGGCAUGGCAACGAAUAUUCCUCCUCAUAAUCUUGCGGAAGUUGUAGAUGUGCUCUGUGUGUUGAUACAUAAUCCAGAAGCUACUUUGCAAGAAUUGCUUGAAUAUAUGCCUGGACCUGACUUUCCAACAGGAGGGCUGAUUAUGGGAAAUCUUGGGUUAUGUUUUGGUGAUGGUAUAUGGAUCUUAGAUGCAUACCGUACUGGUCGAGGACGUGUUAUUAUCAGAGGGAAAACUGAUAUUGAAUUACUUGAUUCAAAGUCAAAGCGGACCGCAAUAAUCAUAAAAGAGAUUCCUUACCAGACCAACAAAGCAACUUUAGUUGAGAAGAUUGCUGAACUUGUAGAAAACAAGAGUUUAGAUGGUAUAAGUGAUAUUCGGGAUGAGAGUGAUCGAUCUGGAAUGCGUAUAGUCAUUGAGCUGAAGCGGGGAUCAGAUCCAUUGAUUGUGGUUCGUGAGUAG